AUGUGCGGCGGGUGGAGCUUUAGGGUUUGUGGGGGGAGCAGUUUGAGAGAGAAGGGUUUUGAAAAUAAAAUUAUAGUACAGCUUGAGGUUAUUUUUAUACUUGAUGAAUCACACAACAGAUCUGUGCUCCGGGAUACUACGUACACCAAAAAUAGAGCUCAAAAAGAACGCUGGAGGAGGGUCUUUAGGCACUUUCUUGCUAGGCGUCGAGUUCUUGACCAUGAGGAUCGGUUUUGCCUUCACUGUGAUGAGGUUGAAACGGGUAAUCACAUUGUUAUUUAUUGUCAUGUGGCUUGGAAAUUUUGGACUGAUUUUCUUGCAAAAUUUGGUGUUAUGGCUUGGUCGAUUCCGGGAGAUAUUUCAAGCUUUUAUUAUCAGUGGAUGGGUUUAGCGAAUCACAAAUAUAGGAAGCUUUGGGUAACUGUUUGGUUUAGCAUUUGGGAGAUAUGUAAAGCUAGAAACAAAUUAAUCUUUCGCGAUGAGGUUACAAGCUCCAAGAAUUUGUUUUUUCAUUGUAUUGAUAAGGGUGUGAUUCAUUAUAAAUAUCACAACCCUCAUUUUAUUUAUGGUGGUAACGAUGUUUUCCGAAAACAGCAUUACUAUAGUAUAAUCCCCACGUGUCAGCUCGUCGAGCAGAAAGAGCUACGGAAGCUCUGUAAUCCCAAGUGUGACUCGCACUUUCCUUCAAAUCGCCAACUCGGAUUCAACUCAGCUUCUUUAAUCCCAACGCCAAUUCCUGCCUCACCGGGUCUGGCCGAGUGGAUCGCUAUGGAAGAAAUUUGUCUCAAUAACGAGCCAUCGUUUGAUGAAGGCAACGAGUAUGAGGUUGAGGAAGACUGUGGGGUAGCGGAGGAGGACAAUGGUACUAUCGGAAGUUUUUCGAGGAAAGAACCCCUCCCACCGACCAUUGGAUUGGAGUUUGAUUCUUUCAAUGAAGCUUAUGAUUCUUACAAUGUUUAUGCCAAGGAUCAAGGAUUUGGAAUCAGAGUGAGCAAUUCCUGGUUUAGAUCAAAGAGAAAGGAGAGAUAUAGAGCGAAACUUAGUUGCAGUAGUGCAGGUUUUAAGAAAAAGAGCGAAGCAAACAAUCCACGACCCGAAACAAGAACGGGUUGCCCUGCAAUGAUAGUCAUUAGGCUCGUGGACUCAGAAAGGUGGAGAAUAGUUGAAGUUGAGCUCGGACACAACCAUUCAGUGAGUCCUCAAAUUAAAAGGUUUUAUAAGUCUCAUAAAAAAAUGAUUGUUGCUGCCAGAAAAGCACAACCACCGCCAGAUCCUGUAACAGAAGUACAUACAAUCAAGUUGUAUCGAACAGCUGUGGACCCGUGUAAUGAAUACUUAAGUAUUGAUAAAGGAGGAGAGGGUGCCAGUGUUAAUUGUGUUGAUCACUCGAAACAUCUGGAACUUAAAGAAGGAGAUGCACAUGCGCUAUAUAAUUACUUUUGUCGCAUGAAGCUGACGAAUCCAAACUUCUUCUACUUGAUGGAUUUUGACGAUGAUGGGCGCCUGAGAAACGUGUUUUGGGCUGGUGCUAGAUCUAGGUCUGCAUAUGGUUAUUUUUGUGAUACAGUUGCAAUUGAUACAACAUGCUUGGCCAACAAAUCUGAGAUCCCUCUAAUUUCAUUUGUCGGCGUGAACCACCACGGGCAAUCAAUACUAUUAGGCUGUGGGUUUCUCGGCCACGAGUCAGUUGAAUGUUUCUCCUGGAUCUUCAGGGCAUGGCUUAAAUGCAUGCAAGGCCGUCCUCCGGAGGUUAUCAUUACUGAUCAGUGCAAACCCUUGCAAAAUGCCGUGUCCGAGGUGUUCCCUCAGGCUCGUCAUUCUUAUAGUCUAUGGUACAUAAUGCAGAGACUUCCAGAGAAGUUGGGAGGGUUGAAGGGAUUUGAAGGCAUCAAAGAACGACUGAACAAAGCCGUCUAUAAUUCCCUAAAGAUAGCUGAGUUUGAAACUUCUUGGAAUGAAUUGAUCAGGUGUCAUGGACUCACCGAUAAUAAAUGGCUGCAAACAUUAUACGAAGAGCGAGAACGGUGGGUCCCAGUUUAUUUGAAAGACAUUUCUUUUGCAGGAAUGAUCCCCAUUACAGAAAAUGAGAGCUGUAGUGCUUUUUUUGAUGGUUAUGUACAUAAGCAUACAUCAUUUAAGGAAUUUGUUGAUAAGUAUGAUUUAGCCCUACACAGGAAGCACCUUAAAGAAGCCAUGGCAGAUAUGGAGUCGAGAAAAUCAAGCUUUGAGUUAAAAACAAGAUGCAAUUUCGAGGUACAGCUCUCUAAAGUAUACACUAAAGAGAUUUUCAAGAAGUUCCAGUCUGAGGUUGAGCAUAUGUACUCUUGCUUUAACACAAGACAGGUGAGUGUGAAUGGCCCAAUAAUGACCUACAUUGUUAAAGAACGAGUUGAAGUUGAAGGAAACGAGAAGGAGGUUAAACAUUUUGAGGUUUUGUACGAGACUAGCCAGGUCGAUAUCCGAUGUAUAUGCAGCUUGUUUAAUUACAAAGGUUAUUUAUGCAGGCACGCUUUAAAUGUUCUUAACUAUAAUGGUGUCGAAGAAAUACCUUCCCGCUACAUCUUGCCGCGUUGGUGUAAAGAUUUCAAGGGUUUGUGUGUGUCAGAUAAUGGUUCAUGUGAUAUCGACAUGUACAAUCCAGUUUACUGGUCAAGUCAUUUGUAUAAACGUGGUGUUCCGAUUGUAGAAGAAGGAUCACAAUUACCGGAUCGUUAUAGGAUUGCAUCACAGGAAUUAGAGGAUCUGUUGAGCAAACUAAAUAUUAUGGAGAACUAGUGUAAACUAUUGAAGCCAACUAACUUAUAGAAGCUAGCAUGAAAUUUCUGGAGUGAAUUCUUCUUUAGCCCAGGGUCAUGAUGGCAUGAUGCUUUGUUUUUCAGUGACUGGUCUAUUUGUACACAAUAUAGAUACAAUAUAUCUUUGUCUUUGUUAUUGAUGCAACCGAAAGGGUCGAUUAGAAAUGUACUUAACAUUUGUA